GUAGAUUCGGGGAAAUAAGCAUGUAGAGAUUCGAUUAAUUUAAGUUUAUAAAAACUGUUACAAUAAUUGUUGGGUUCAUAAUCCUGAAUUUCUGAAAUUCGUAUUUGCUAAUCACGCAUUCAAGUAAUGAUAAUCAAAUCGUCGAAACUAGCAACUUUACCCAAUCUAUUCAGACCAUAACACUACUUGGUUACAAAAGUACAAAACAGUAGACAGUAAUUAAUUCAAUCAAGUUUCUUUUCUCAAUAAUGUAUGUUUCUGUAACUGGACUUAACGGCUGUGAAUUUGCAGCAUUAUUCGUUGCAUUUAUAUCAGAAUAAUUUUUGAAAUUUUAAAAUCUUGGUCUAGUCGCGAACUGUCAUUCAUGAUCAACACACUGAUACGAUGUCCUGGUAUGUAUUGCGGGCGAGUUUUACUCCCCACUGGAAACUGGAGCCAGUGCGAAGCAUGUCCCAGGGGUUUCAGGAGCAACGAUUCCUCCGCUUGUGUACCUUGUGAAGAUUUCCCAAUGUUUUAUGAUUGGUUGUAUCUUGGAUUCAUGGCUCUACUAGCCCUUGUUUUACAUUGGUUUUGCAUCGACAUGGUCGCCAUGCGACGUAACAUCACCAAGGAAGUAAUAGCACUCCACAUGUCUGCAUUGGUUGAAAUAAUUGGAGCUUCACUCAUUACGCUACAAUUAACUGACCCCAUUGGAACUUUUAACAUUACAUCUUGUAAGGCGAGACGAUUGUCUGAUUGGUACACUUUGCUUCACAAUCCAAAUCCAGAUUACGAGAAGACGUUACAUUGUACUCAAGAAGCAGUUUACCCAUUGUAUACAAUGGUCUUUAUUUUUUAUGCUCUGGGCAUAAUACUGAUGUUACUUAUCCGGCCGCUGAUUGCCAAGAAGUUUCUACCAAAGCAAGGAAAAUUCUCAAUCUAUGCUGCUCUGUAUUUUUUCCCCAUUUUAGCCAUGCUCCAUGCAAUUGGCGGUGGUCUAAUAUAUUAUUCCUUUCCAUAUAUAACCAUCAUAUUGUCUGUUUUAUCCAAUGCGGCGCAUUUUGCAUUGAAACUGAACCAGUCGAUGAAAUCGCUGGUAAUAAGCUCGAUAUCGGAUAUAAGAAAUGUAGUGGUAAUACUUGGCCAUUGGCUUCUGCACGGAUACGGAGUAACUGCAGUGGCUACACUCAGGGGGCUAAGCGUUCACCCAGCGAUGCUUACCUUGGUUCCAUUGCCGGCAUUGUUCUACAUUCUUACUGCUCGAUUCACAGACCCCAACAAACUUCACGCUGAAUAAAAAAUAAAUAUUUGGAAUGGAAAAGUUUGUAAUCACCUAUGUACCACAAAAAAACUAUAAUAAACAAUGACAAUAUACUCAGAGGGUUGAAACACAGUCAUUAGU